GUGAGCCUGCGUCCCCUAUGACUCAGUGCAAGUCAAAAGGGACCCACUACUUUGUGAAGGAUAGACGGCAUGGAUUCACUUGUUUGAUUUGUGGCAUGUCUGGUGACCUGGAUUUCAUCAAACGGGUACCAUGCAAUUCUGCUGCAACCUCGCCACCGCCCGAAAGCAACGCUAAGCCCAGUGCUACUGAGACCAAACUUUGUGGGGAGGAGGCUGCGCGUGCGGCAGCUGCUGCACUUUCCCUUGAAAGUACCAAGCCGCCCCAACAGGAUCUAGCCACAGACGAGGCUUUAGCAAAGCACCUCCGGGAUUUGGAGUUUGAGCAACACGAGCUGGAGCAGAUGCUCAUUCUUCAGCAACUGGAGAAGGAAGAAGCGAUCUUGGCUGGCCUUGUUAAUGAACAGAAGGCCUUGGCAACGGCUGAGAAGUUUGCUCAGGAAGCGGUGGUAACCCAUGAGUCUCUUCCUACCGAAGAGAAAUCGAAGGAGCCUCUUCGUGCUAAAGAGAAACCGGAGGAGAAGCCGGCUCUCCCUCCGUGCCCAGUGGCUUUGGAAGAAGCGGUAAGUCCCAGCGAACAAACCAAACUUUCGGGAGCAGAGCCAAUCAAAAGGGUGAAGGGGAAGAAAAAGCCAGCUGAUGGGGAUGACAAAGAGGGCCAUGGGAAAAAGAAUGGGAAGAAGGAGGAGAAAGAUAAGGAGAAGGAUGAGGAGGAGAAUGCUGAGCAGGAUGAGGAGGACGAUGAGGGCUUAGAGGAUGAGCAUGAUUCCGAGGCUGAUAGCUCUGGAGGAUCCAAAACCCGUGCUCGCAUGGCCAGCAAAGGGAGGGGUCGCGGAGCAGGACGGGGAAGGGGAGGAGGGCGUGGGAGAGGGCGGGGUCGGGCAACCAAAUCAGGGCCCCCAACCAGCCCCCGGGCUAUUUCCACCAAGCGCAGAAUUUCAAAGGCUGAGGAGGACCAGGAGCCUUCAGAAGCUGAGCCUAAGGCUGCUGCAAGCAAACGCAUGAGCAGCAAAGGCAAGAAGGAUGGGGUGGAGAUGAAGCCCAAGGCGAAAGCCAAAUCAAAUGCAAAAGGCAAUGCCAAAGCAAAGGCCAUGGCAAAGACGGCAAGCAAAUCGAAAGCGCCCAAAGCCAGCAGCACCAUGGGCCGCCCGCGUAAGACUGAGGGUAAGAGUCCGGAAGAGCUGGAAGAGAUGGCAAAGGCGUCUCGCAAAUCAUCCGCUUAUCACAAAGCCAGAGCGCUGGCGAUCAAGAACGGUGCUUCAGUUGAUGAGGCCAAGGCGGCAGGAAAGGAAGUUCCUUGA